GAGACCGGGAGUUCCCGCUUCUCUUCAGGCAUGAGUCAUGCGGCGGGAAACGAGCUCGGGCUGGACCAGCAGUUUUCUGGUCUAGACCUGAACUCCUCUGAUAAUCCGAGUGGAGGAGGAAGUACAGCAAGCAAAGGGCGCUAUAUACCUCCUCACUUAAGGAACAGGGAAGCAUCUAAAGGAUGUUAUGAUAAGAACAGUUCAGGGUGGAGUUGUAGUAAAGACAAGGGUGCCUACAGCAGUUUCGGGUCUCGAGAUUCAAGAGGAAAGUCCAGUUAUUUCAGUGAUCGAGGAGGUGGAUCAAGGGGAAGGUUUGAUGAUCGUGGACGGAAUGACUAUGAUGGUUUUGGCAGUCGUGGUGACAGAACUGGCUUUGGCAACUUUGAACGUAGUGGACACAGUCGUUGGUGUGACAGGUCAGAUGAAGAAGACGAUUGGUCAAAACCACUUCCACCAAGUGAACGCUUGGAGCAGGAACUCUUUUCUGGAGGAAACACUGGGAUUAACUUUGAGAAAUAUGAUAAUAUACCAGUAGAGGCAACUGGCAAUAACUGUCCUCCACGUAUUGAAAGUUUCAGUGAUGUUGAGAUGGGAGAAAUUAUCAUGGGUAACAUUGCGCUUACUCGUUACACUCGUCCUACUCCAGUGCAGAAACAUGCCAUUCCUAUUAUUAAAGGAAAAAGAGACUUGAUGGCUUGUGCCCAAACAGGAUCUGGAAAAACUGCAGCAUUUCUUUUGCCCAUCUUGAGUCAAAUUUAUACAGAUGGUCCAGGCGCGGCUUUGAAGGCUGUGAAGGAAAAUGGAAGGUAUGGACGCCGUAAACAAUAUCCAAUCUCCUUGGUUUUAGCCCCAACAAGAGAAUUGGCUGUACAGAUCUAUGAGGAAGCCAGAAAAUUUUCAUACCGGUCUCGAGUUCGUCCUUGUGUGGUAUAUGGUGGUGCUGAUAUUGGUCAGCAGAUUCGAGACUUAGAACGUGGAUGUCACUUGUUAGUCGCCACUCCAGGACGCCUGGUGGAUAUGAUGGAAAGAGGAAAGAUUGGGUUAGAGUUCUGCAAAUACUUAGUGUUGGAUGAAGCUGAUAGGAUGCUGGAUAUGGGGUUCGAACCUCAAAUACGUCGUAUAGUUGAACAAGAUACUAUGCCACCAAGGGGUGUCCGCCACACCAUGAUGUUUAGUGCUACUUUUCCUAAGGAAAUUCAGAUGCUUGCUCGUGAUUUCUUGGAUGAAUAUAUAUUUCUGGCCGUAGGUAGAGUUGGUUCUACCUCUGAGAACAUCACACAGAAAGUAGUUUGGGUAGAAGAGGCAGAUAAACGGUCAUUUCUGCUUGACCUCUUAAAUGCAACAGGGAGGAAUUCACUGACUUUAGUUUUUGUGGAGACCAAAAGGGGUGCUGAUUCUCUGGAGGAUUUCUUAUACCAUGAAGGAUAUGCUUGUACCAGUAUUCAUGGAGACCGAUCACAGAGAGAUAGAGAGGAAGCCCUUCACCAGUUUCGCUCAGGAAAAAGCCCGAUUCUAGUGGCUACUGCUGUGGCAGCAAGAGGACUAGACAUUUCAAAUGUGAAACAUGUUAUCAAUUUUAAUUUGCCAAGUGAUAUUGAAGAGUAUGUACAUCGGAUUGGCCGUACAGGACGUGUAGGAAACCUUGGUCUUGCCACCUCAUUUUUCAAUGAAAGAAAUAUAAAUAUCACAAAGGAUUUGUUGGAUCUUCUUGUUGAAGCUAAACAAGAAGUGCCAUCUUGGUUAGAAAAUAUGGCUUAUGAUCACCACUAUAAGGGUAGCAGUCGUGGACGUUCUAAGAGAUUCAGUGGAGGAUUUGGUGCCCGAGACUAUCGACAAAGUAGCAGUUCUGGCAGUUCUAGCUUUAGUAGUAGUCAUGCAAGCAGCAGCCGCAGUGCUGGAGGUGGUCAUGGCAGCCCCAGAGGAUUUGGUGGAGGUGGCUAUGGAGGCUUCUACAAUAGUGAUGGAUACGGAGGAAAUUGCACCUCUCAGGGGGUUGACUGGUGGGGCAACUGAAUCCGCUUCACAGCAAAGUCACCCUUUUGAAAAAGCUAAUAUGGAAACCAUAUGUAACUUAACCAGACUAGACCGUAUAGCUUCAAGAACUAGCAGUACAUUACCAACUGUGAUUCUCCUGAAAAUUCAAGGGGGCUCAAAGCCAAAGGAAGAAAAGAAAGGAACAAUCAACAACCCUAUUAAGAAGUUGCUUUGAAAACUUAAUUGCUGUAGUUUGGAUUAACUCCCCUCCUGCUUAUUUCCAUCCCAAACUGCAUUUAUAAUUUUGUGACUGAGGAUCAUUUGUUAAUGUACUGUGACUUUAACUUUAGGCAACUUAUUAUUUUGAUGUCCUGUUGGCUCAGUAAUGUUCUAGUUUUCAAUUGUUUUGACAAAAUAAAUCCACUGAACUUGGGCUAAAAUCAAACCUUGGUGCACAGGUGUGAUACAACUUAACAGGAAUCAUCAAUUCAUCCGUAGAUAUUAUAAAGAAAAAAUCUUGGAUGGUAUCCUGCAUUAGGACUUUUUGAUAACUUGCAGAGUGGGGAGGAAAACAUCUUACAGCAGAAUUAGUUUCUAAUGUGGCAGCCUGUACUAAGUUGAAGUUCUGACUUGCUCACUCUAUCCUGGAUAGGCACUUGUAAUCUUUAAAUAAGCCAUUCCAGUCAUGAUGAGGUGGCAUGUAUGAGUACAUCCAUAUGUUUUUCAAAGCACUCUUCGAAGUUAAUGCAAGUAAAUAUAGCAGUUCAUCUAUUAAUGUUUAGGUUAUUCUAAGCUAGGCAAAUGUGGGCGUAUUAUAGGAAAAGUUUAAAAGUUUUGAUAACAAGUGUUUAGGGGAAAUUUUAUCUAAUUAGAUGUUUUUAAUGCCUGCCAUAAAUGAAAUUGAGAUGGUAAAAUGGCUGACCAUGCCAGUGACCAGUCCUUUUAAGGACCUGCUUGGAUUUUGGUCUUCAUGCUAGUGUUGAUGUUUUUUGGUCAAGAGGAUAUGAGCAGGAGGGAUUGUGCAGCAGGCUUUUAUUUUAAUGCAGAUUCUCUUUAUUCUGUUUAGGCUGCGUUGAAAUGUUAAAAUGACUUACACUUGUAGAGUUUGUAAAUCGGAGUAGCAACAAACUCUGAAAUCCUUGAGAUCACACAGGUUGGAAAUAUGUACUAAACUGCACAAGGUGUUAUUUCUAUAUAGUGCAGUUUUAAUGUGUUUUAGUUGCAUAGGUUUCCAUUGUAUUUAUAGUCACUUUCUGCUAAAUUUGGCCAAAGAUGAUUGUUCACCAACUAAAAAUGCCUCUGCCACUUGGAAUUCUGUGCCGAUUUUGUGGUUGGAAUAUAGUGAUCUUUAUAGGCUAAUAUUUACAAUGGCUUCAGAAGGCAAAAAUUUCUUAAAGUGCAAUAGAUUUUCAAGCAUAUUGUGCCUUGUUCUAAAACUUUAUUGUAGGUGCACUUGACAGUAUUGAGGUCAUUUGUUACGGUGCUAUUUCAACUAGUAUAGAUUUAGACUCUUGUACAUUUUGCCCAUAAAUUUUUACAAAAUACUUAUUUUAUUGCACGUUCAGAGAAUUUUAUAUAUAUGUCUUGUGUGCGUGUCCUUAAAUUUCCAAUCUUUGUCUCUUGGAAAUUGUUGAACACAGCGUGGUAAGAACUAGAUUCUAAAAUUUUAUUUGGGACCAUGGAAUGAUAGUUGAGAAGAAACUAUUUGCACACAACAGACUGUAGAUACUUUUUGCUGCUAGUUUGUGUAAUAUUUAUUGAACAUUUUGACAUGUAUUUAUUUUUGUAAGCCUAAAAGUGAUUCUUUGGAAGUUUAAAGAAACUUGACCAAAAGUACAAAAACACUGGCACUUGAAUGUUGAAUGUCACCGUAUGUGAAGUAAAAUUUUUCAGGGUAGUGUGAGCUUUUAAUGUUAAGUCCUAUUAAACUUGAGUCAAAUUAAGCAGACCCAGCAUUGGCAAUGUAGGUAGCUGUAGCUUUCUGACAAAAUUUAAGGCAAAAUUGGCAACUUGAAAUUACAACAUGCCAAGGUUUUGAUACAUUUGUCUUAAAAUAUUAACGAAACACUUCUAAACACUGAUACGAAGUGUCCACACUUUCAAAGGUUCUCAGAGUUUUAUUUAGUACAUACUUUGUUUUGUUUGAUUUUCAGUGUCUGGCAAAUUGUAGUUCUCAAACGUGGUUAUCUUUGUGUAUUGCCAUAAUAAGUGACUUUUACAUUCAGUUUUGUCAGCCAGCAAUAUUUUCAGUAAAUAAGAAUAGAAUUAAAUUUGCUGAAUGUAAACAUCGAACCUCAAGUCACUGUAAGUUUAGUAAUUGCUUAAAGUAUUAGUUUUAGGUGCUAGCACUGCAUGUGCUGUGUUUUUU